AUGACUGCCGUGCCGGCGUCGGUGCUGAAGCGGCUCGGCGUGGAACCUACCACACGUAAGGCGUUCCAGUUCGCCCAGGAAGAAGUCAGGACAAUGGAUGUCGGAUACGCGCGGGUGCGAGUUGAGGACCAAGAGAUAAUCACGCAGGUGCUGUUCAAUGACGAAGGACGUAGCAUCGAUACCACUAGGGAGGGAGAGCGGCCUGUACAAGGAGGAGAAGUUCAAGGACACCCGCAGGGAGCGGAGGUCGAUACGUCCACGGGGCACGAGCUCAUCAUGUGCGCCAACAACUACCUGGGUCUGGCCGACAGCGAGGAGAUCGAGCAGGCCGUCGUCGAGGGGCUGAAGACGCAUGGGUUCGGGAUGGCCUCGGUGCGGUUCAUCUGCGGUACGCAGGACAUCCACAAAGAGCUCGAGGACAAGAUCACGGGCUGGUUCGGCACCGAGGCGACGAUCCUGUACACCUCGUGCUUCGACGCCAACACGGGCUGUUCGAGACAGUGCUCGGGCCGGAGGACGCGAUCAUCAGCGACGCCCUGA